ACGGCGGGGGUGGGGGGGGGUCCCCGAGAGUUACAGGAUCUGCAGUUGAGGCGCGCAUGGGGCGCCCCGCUCCUGGUCCGGGUGGGGGCCUGUCCUGGCUGAGUGUCAGGGACCCCGGACUGGGGCGCACGGCGUGGGCCUCGUCCCCCCAGCGCGAUCGGGGUUCCCCAGGCCUGGGCGUGCCCAGGAGGGGCCGAACCAGCCGCUGCCAACACCCUCUGGCCACCCUGGGAGCCCCCCAGCCCAGCCUGACCAAUGUCCACAGCCCGGGAGCGCCCCAUUUUCAGCACGCGGGCCCACGUCUUCCAGAUCGACCCCGAGACCAAGAGAAACUGGGUCCCCGCGGGCAAGCACGCGCUCACAGUCUCCUACUUCUACGAUGCCUCCCGCAAUGUCUACCGCAUCAUCAGCUUUGGGGGUGCCAAGGCCAUCAUCAACAGCACUGUCACCCCCAACAUGAGCUUUACCAAAACCUCCCAGAAGUUCGGGCAGUGGGCGGACAGCAGGGCCAACACCGUCUACGGGCUGGGCUUUGCCUCCGAGCAGCACCUGACGCAGUUUGCUGAGAAGUUCCAGGAAGUGAAGGAGGCAGCGAGGCUCGCUCGUGAGAAGUCUCAGGAUGGCGGGGAGCUCACCGCCCCAGCCCUGGGGCUUGUUUCCCACCAGGUGCCCCCAAGCCCCCUCGUCAGCGCCAACGGCCCCGGCGACGAGAAACUGUUCCGCAGCCAGAGCGCGGACACCCCCGGCCCCACUGAGCGCGAGAAGCUCAAGAAGAUGCUGUCGGAGGGCUCGGUGGGCGAGGUGCAGUGGGAGGCCGAGUUCUUCGCGCUGCAGGACAGCAACAGCAAGCUGGCGGGCGCCCUGCGGGAGGCCAACGCUGCCGCGGCGCAGUGGAGGCAGCAGCUGGAGGCGCAGCGCGCAGAGGCCGAGCGCCUGCGGCAGCGGGUGGCUGAGCUGGAGGCGCAGGUGGCCGCGGAGCCCCCCGCGGGGGGCGAGAAGGAGGGCCCCGGGCCGGCACUGGGGCAGCUGGAGGCGCUGGUGCAAACCAAGGACCAGGAGAUCCAGACGCUGAGGAGCCAGGCGGGCGGCCACCGCGAGGCCCUGGACGCUGCCGAGCGCGAGGAGGUGCAGCAGAAGGUGCAGGAGCUGGAGACACGCACCGCGGAGCUGGAGCACCAGCUACAGGCCACGGAGCACGGCCUGGAGGAGGCGCGGGCCGAGCGGGAGCGGGCACGGGCGGAGGUGGUCCGGGCCACGCAGCUGCUAGAUGUGAAGCUGUUCGAGCUGAGCGAGCUGCGCGAGGGCCUGGCCCGGCUGGCCGAGGGCGCCCCCUGAGCCCGGACACCGGGGGGUCACUGCAGACACCAGGGACGCCAGGGGCCUGGUUUUCCGGGGGCAGGAUUCCUGGGGUGCAGCCCGGGCCGCAGGCGGCAGGGGGGUGGCUUGUCUGCCCCGGCAGGAACUGGGGGACCCGACUCAGCCUGGGGGGGCCCUGGCUUGGCCACUCAUGACUCGGGGUUACUUUUGAGCUUUUCAUUGUGUAGAAUUUUUAGAAUCCCUGGGGCAUGUGUUGAUGCCGAUUACAUGUAACAAGCGUG